GCGGGGUACAGCAGGGCGGUGCCCGAAUCGGCAGGGGGGCCGGGAGGAGCGGGCAGCUCAGCACUGUGCUUGAGAUCUCUCUGGUCGAGCAGGGCAGGGCAGGGCAGGCGGCCAGGCCAGCGCUAGCCAGAUUCUCCUCCUCUCUUCUUUACCAGACGCCAUUGUUUUGGGCUGCUGGUUCGGUGCUCCGGCGCGCCGUUAAAAGGCGCCGGAGAUACCGAGGGGGACAAGCCAUCAUCUUGUGUCCAAAGUCCACACCCAACGACUCGCAGUUCAAAGCUGCUGGACACGGGGAGCUGCUUGCUGUCUCGCCAAGUUGCGCUUGAGCCUCGCUCUCUCUCUCUCUCUCUCUCUCUCUCUCUCUCUCUCUCUCUCUCUCUCCCCAUAUGAUGAGGUCAGUGUCGGGCUCCAACUCGUCGAGGGGCAUCGCCGCCGUGGUGGGCGUCGGGCCCCGGCUGGGCUCGGCGGUGGCGCGCAAGUUCGCCUCCGAGGGCUACACCAUCGCCAUCCUCUCCCGCGACCUCGAGAAGCUGUCGCAGCUGGCGGAGGAGAUCGCGCAGGAGGUCAAGGGGCAGGUGUUCGCGCUCCGGGUGGACUGCGCCGACGCCCGGUCCGUGCGCGAGGCCUUCGAGGGCGUGCUCUCCCUCGGCUCCGUCGAGGUGCUCGUCUACAACGCCUGCGAGCCGCCCGACGCCGACGCCGCCGCCGCGCCGCGCCCCACGCCCUUCCUCGCCGUCACGCCCGACGCCUUCCACCGCUCUCUCGCCGUCUCCGCCGCGGGGGCCUUCCACUGCGCGCAGCAGGUCAUCCCGGGGAUGGUGGAGCGGGGCAGGGGCACCAUCAUCUUCACGGGCUCCUCGGCGUCCGUCACCGGCUUCGCCGGCUACUCCGAUCUCAGCUGCGGCAAGUUUGCCCUCCGGGGUCUGUCCCAGUCGCUGGCCAGGGAGUUCCAGCCGGCCGGCGUGCACAUUGCGCACGUGAUCAUCGACGGCGUCAUCGGCGAGAGGAGGUCGCCGAGGAGCAGCAGGGCCGGCGCCGCCGGCGACCCGGUGUCGGCGGCGGCGGCGGGCGCGGACCCGGAUGCGGUGGCGCAGAGCUACUGGCACGUCCACGCCCAGGACAAGAGCGCGUGGACGCAGGAGCUGGACAUCCGAUCGCCGUCGUCGACCUUCAUGUAGCAAGCUGCUAGUAGUAGCAGCGACGGCCGAUCGAGCUAGCAGCAGCUGCCGCGCACUCUGUGACCGACUGUCGUGUGGCCCCGUGGAAUUUCCGAGCAGGGGAGAGAGUCAGAGGCAGAGGCAGAGUCAGAGUCAGAGAGAGAGACCCACUCCGGCCCCGCCGUCCCCGUCCUACUGUACCCAUCGUCGUCGCGUUGCGCGUGCGCGGCUGCGGCGCGGGAAUCGUGUCCCCGUUCCGCGUCGCACGUCCGCGCCGCUCGCCUAGCUAGUACUAGCUUUCCUAGUGUGAUGCCCCCCCGGCGGCCGCGGGUUCGGUGCGCAGGGAGAUUGCGGCCGAAAGCGACGCGCGCGACGUCGUCGCCGCGCGCCCCCUCCUGU